AUGGAUAAAGAGAUCUUUAAGGUGACGUUUGGUUGGAGUACAAGAGAGCUGUCAAAGACAAAAGCUUUGAGUUUUGAAUUCAAUGUGAUUAGCUUUGGUGCUGAAGCAGAUGGCCAAACUGAUGAUACCCAUGCUUUUGUAUCAGCAUGGGAGAAGGCUUGUGAAUCCAAAGGUAGAGUGGAACUUUUAGUACCAAAAGGGACAUACUUGAUUGGCCCUAUUAAGUUUUCAGGCCCCUGCAAAAAUGUAUCUUCCCUCACUUUUCGAAUCGAGGGUUAUUUGAAGGCUUCAACUGAACUUUUUAAGUAUGAUUCUGGUGGUGGUUGGAUUGAGUUUAGAUGGCUUGAAGGGUUAAUUUUGACUGGAGGUGGUACUUUUGAUGGUCAAGGUGUUAAAGCUUGGCCUUACAACAAUUGUCUUCAAGAUUCCAACUGUAGAAUUCUUCCAACUAGUGUCAAAUUUAUGGGAACAAACAAGACAUUAGUUCAAGACAUUACUUCAAUAAACAGCAUGUUCUUUCAUAUUGCUCUUGUGGGAUGUAACAACUUCAUAGGUAGCAAAAUAAAGAUCACAGCCCCUGAAGAUAGCCCUAACACCGACGGAAUCCAUAUCGAAAGAAGCUCUCAUGUCUAUGUAUCUCAUUCAAGAAUAGGUACUGGUGAUGACUGCAUAUCAAUUGGACAAGGGAAUUCUCAUGUUGCUAUAACAAACAUCAGUUGUGGACCUGGUCAUGGCAUAAGUGUUGGAAGCUUGGGAAAGUAUCCAAAUGAAGAAGAUGUAAGUGGGUUAGUUGUAAAAGAUUGCAUAAUGACAGGAACAAGUAAUGGGAUUAGGAUCAAAACAUGGCCUAACUCACCAGGAAGUAGUGCAGCCACUAAUAUGACAUUUAAGAACAUUGUAAUGAACAAUGUGAGCAAUCCCAUUAUAAUAGACCAAUCCUAUUGUCCAUCUUUAUCUUGUUCUUCUAAGGCACCAUCAAGGGUGAAAUUGAGUGACAUUUACUUUAAGAACAUAAGAGGAACUUCAUCAUCUGAGGUAGCAGUGAGUUUAGAAUGUAGCAGAGGAUUUCCAUGUCAAAAUAUAUACCUUGAAGAUGUUCAUUUGAAUUUGUCAUCAGGGGAUAAGAGUUCAACUUCUUUGUGUAGCAAUGUUAGAGCUAAAUUCAUUGGCACCCAAAUCCCACCCCCUUGUUACUAAACUGUUUUUCGUUUGAUGAUCUUGGUUUGUUGUUUGCUCUUGUAACCAUUUAUACUUUG